AUAUCUUCUUGUAUCAGAUUCUAAAUUGUGUUAUGUUCUUGGAACCUUCUUUGAACUCAACUAGCUUCGUCGAUGAUUAGAUAACCGAAGAAUCCUCUUUCUUUACUUUGAUGCAGCGGUCUUUUGGUGAUUUCAUAAGUAUAUGAACAGAGAGAAAGAGAGAGAGAUGUACAUGAUUGAGAGCAAAGGCGGAGCAAUCACUUGCGUGCUCUUGGCUCUGCUCUUCUUAGGGACAUGGCCAGCGAUCAUGACUCUAACCGAGAGACGCGGUCGACUUCCUCAACACACUUAUCUUGACUACACAAUCACACUAGGCCAAAUAGGUCCAAGCAGACCAAAUUUCAUCACACAGCUUUCUCAAGAUAAUUGGCAAUCUGUGAUGUUUGCAAUGGCUGGAGGAAUAGUGCUUAACCUUGGAAACUUUUGUUGCUACAAACGACCAAUGGCACACUUUGAACAUGGUGUUCCAAAACUCAAUGUCUACACUGCCUUCUUCUACUUCUCAGUCUCUGCAUUUGUACUUGCUCUGAUACUUAACAUCAGGUUUCUCUAUUGGCCUAUACUUGGUCUCCCGAGAUCUUCUUUCAAGGCUUACCUAAACGACUGGAACGGUCGAGGAUGGUCUUUCUUGGCUGAAUUUCUCUGUGGAUUUGGUAAUGGUCUUCAGUUUAUGGGUGGUCAAGCCGCUGGAUAUGCAGCUGCAGACGCAGUUCAGGCACUUCCACUUGUGAGCACGUUUUGGGGGAUAUAGCUGUUUGGAGAAUACAGGAGAUCAUCUAAAAGAACAUAUAUACUUCUUAUCAGUAUGCUGUUUAUGUUCAUAGUUGCUGUGGCAGUUCUUAUGGCCUCAUCGGGACAUAGAUAAUGAUUUCAAAAGCCAAUUCACAGGAACAUCUACAAGCUAAAAGGGUCACAAUUUUCUAUAGUUGAUAAACUUGUCAGAAACCACAAGGAGGCCAUCUUUUGAAACGGUUCUUGAGAGGAUAAGGAAGAGCCUUGAAGGAAGAGUGAGUAUAGUUCACUCAUGGUUGCAACAUGUUCACGCCUUUGGUUACAGUGUCAAAUGUUUUCUUUGCUGGUUUCCGUCUUAUGGGUUUGGUUACAAUCUGAAUGGUGUCAUUGUUAGACAUCAGAGAAAGCAACAGUAGUUUAUAGACAAAUUAUGUUAAAGCAAGAAAAAAAAUCAUAUAAGAAAUUACAUCAUCA